AUGACGAGGGCGACAACGAAAGGAGCGACGACGAGGUCAGGCAACGGCUAUGUUAUCGAGUAUACUCUAGAGUAUGAAACCCUGCGCCUCAACGCUCUCAGAAGUCGAUGCAGCCAGAAUCGCGAUCUGGGUUCCAGCUACUCCGGCGGGAACGUGCUACAAGCUGCUGCCGUCGACCGCCGCAUCAAAGUUGUGAUUGCACAGGUCCCAUUCGUAGCCGGAAGCUCUGUGUCAGGCUGGGUCGACCUCAUGCCUCUUAUUAUCGUCGACCGUUCUCGUAUCAGCGACGGCGCACAGGGCGCAUUGAUGACUGUCGUAGCAGAUACGCGCGCAGACGCCCAGGCAGGAACUGCGGAGUGUGUCCUACCGGCCGAAGAUGCGUAUAGGUUUUUUGUGCAGAGCGAGACCGGUCCCGAUGCGCAGUGGGAGAACAAAAUCACUCUGCAGAGCCUGUUCAAUUUGAUGAAGAAUGAACCUCGUGCGUACAUCGAAAGAAUCUCGCCCACGCCGCUUUUCAUGGUCAUUGCCGAAGAGGACACUGCGGUCUCUGUACCAACACAGAUGGAGACAUUUGAAAGAGCAAAGGAGCCGAAGGAGCUAUUGUUUCUCAAGGGGACUGGUCACUUUGAGCCCUAUUCUGGCGACUGUUUUGAGACCAACAUCGAAGCACAACUGAGAUUUCUGAGAAAACACUUAAUGGACUGA